AUGAGAAGGCUGUUAAGAGUCAUGGCUCUUUGCAGUUGGAAAGAGCUUUUUGAUAGUAGGCGGGAGCAGUCCGAGGUGAUGGUUCAUCACGGGCAUCCUACACAAGUAGGUUUGGCCGGCGAUUAUUUUCCGGGUUACAACAGGUCCCCGGUUGAUAGUCGAGUGGUGUAG